GUCUUGUUAGCUUGAUCUGUCACGAAAUAUCAAGAUUGGUGGAAAAUGUCGACAAAAUGUCCACUUUACUGUUGAAUUCAAAGAAACCCGGAGUACAGUUUGAGGACAAAUGGCACGAACUUAAGCCCACAGUGAAUAAACUCUUGAAACAACAAGCCGUCACCACGCAGGAAUGGCAGAAUCUCUUUUGGUAGGCCGAAAAUUAUAUCACGGUUACUUGUACUUUUGUUUUUCAUGGCAAUUGGAAGGCGAUCUUUUGUAACAGAGUUAUCUUUGUUCGAAGAAUCAAUUAGACCGCUAAUUGUUUUUAAACCAGAGAAUUCAUAAUUUUCUCUUCGUCACUAUCUUAAUGGUCUCAAUUUUUGGCUGGCAACAAAAUUGAUCGACAAACAUAUUGAUGCUGCGGAAUCGCUAAUGAUUCUAAAGGAGUUUUACAAAAAAAUGGCUGAGACGUUCAAAAAGGCUUACAACACCUUUUAAUCUUUAAAUUUUUAACCUGAACAUGAAUUUGUGUUCCUUCGCUCGUACGAUCGUAAAAAUUCAUUUUCUAGUUUUUUAACGAAAAAGCACUAUUUUUAGGUAUCAAUUCUUGCAGCUGUCCGUGGUACUAUUUCCUUAUGCAGUGAGAUAUAGAUGCCUGUUUAAUAUGAACUUUAUGGAUAAUUACGAAACUCUACAGAGGAUCUAAAAUGAUCCUCAAGGAACAAAAAGAAUAUAGCAUCAAGGGCGUUUUGUGAUUGCUAAUUCUCCUCUGACACAAUUUUUCAUAAAUCAAUGACAAGAAUUUGGUGUUAAAUCAAGAUGAUAAAUUUUACCUGUUAAGUUUGUUUUCUUAUUACCUGUUUGCUGUAUAAUAUAUGGAUGAUGUAAGGAGAAGUUAUAUGUCAAUCACUUGGGAGUAAUGGUUCAGGAUCAACUGCUAGACCUUCCAACAAUUUUACAUUAUUUUGUAAGGAUCUUGUCAGCUUCAAGGAUAUGGAUUUAUAAAAAUUAGAUCUUUCAUUCUUUAAGUCUCUUUAAGGAUUCCUUUUAGAAGUUGGUGUUGGUUUUGUGAUGAUCAUAAAACCAUAACGAUACUAAGCCACAUUAAAAUGGAAAAAUUCUGAUCAAGUGUAAAUAAGCAUUAUCAUUCAAAUUCUCUUGGAAAGGUCACCUGCAAGGUAAAUUUUGAAAUUUAAGACUUAUGACUCCUAUCGCAGGUGCCUAAGCUACAGUCAAGUUGUGCAAGCCAUUGCUCCUUCUUUCAGUGAAAAAUUGAUCACCAACAAAAUGGCAUUUUCUUAAAAUUUAAAGUUUGUAUAACUUCUCUUUUUGCUGUUUAUGCAUUUUCCUCUUGUUUAACUUCUCUUUUCUGUUACACUUAGGGAUGUUCACAAAAUAUGUAAUUGGGAUGAAAAGGGGGGCCAGAAAAUCUACAAAGCUUUGAAAGAUGAAGUCACCAACUUUAUUAAACAAGUACAAGAGGUAAGAUAAGUGUUUCAUCAGCCUGAGGGUUGAGAGGUCAGUGUCACUGUAGAUGUCCAACAGAUAAACAUGUAUUUUGUGAAUCACUGUUUUGGGAUAGCCAUCAUUCCAAUUAAUCCUGAAUUUUACCUUAGGGACUGAAAAUAACCCACUUUAUGACCAUUUAAUGUGAAUAAGAGUGAAUAUUUGAUGAUGGUUUACCAUAGAUAUAGAUAUCCUUUUAACAUAGAGAUCCAAAAAUUCUUUUUCAAGAGGUGUAUUUUUUUUUAGAAUGAUUUAACUUGAGUAAUUAGAAUUGAUGGUUGAUGAGUGUUGUGGAGUGUAAUAGGAAGAUAUAUAUAUAUAUAUAUUUAUUUAUUAUCAGGCCAACCCAGUUCAACUUCAAGCUGGUUUGAAUGGGAGCCUGAGAUAUUCAAAAUAGCAAAAUUAUAUUUUAGAACCUCUCACACCCUAACAUCAGCAUAUAUAUUCCCCUGUUCUUUGUGGAUACAUUUUCAAAGAGGCUGAGUAGGAGAAUUUGUUUAACAAUAAAGAGUUUCCUUGAUUGGUGAUCAUUUCCUUAACUCUUGUGACAUUGGAAGGAGAAAAAAAGACGCCAGUCAAUCUUUAUGAUUAAAGGGUUAAUACUGACAGAAAUUCAGAACUCACAGAACUGCCAAGCAUUUAAACACACACACAGUGGGCUAAUUGCUAACUUCUCCAUCACCAUUUAAAAUUGAUCAACAACCAGCACUAUCACAUACUGUGAAAUCUUUUUUAAUGGGUUGAGGUUUUUACAUGCAACUUCUUUCUUUUAUCCUUUUGAUAACCUUGUCUUUCAGCGUGUUUUGAAGCACGAAGAUGACUCCACAUUGUUGAGAGCCUACAUUGGUGAAUGGUCCAAGUUUUUCACUCAGUGUAACUAUCUUCCUAAACCUUUUGGCACGUUGGAGUCAAAUUUGCAAGGAAAAGCUGGUGGAGGAGCAAGCAAAAGACCUCUCACUGAUGGAAUAACAGUCCAGAAGGUGUAACAUUUUUCUGUAGUGAAAAGAAUGAAACAAUUGUGGUCUGAUAAUAAAUGUAGGGUUACUGAGAUACUUUUUUUUUUGGUGUAGUUGAUGUUGGAUAGUUGGAAUGAAGGUAUAUUCUCUACGAUAAAAUCAAGACUGCAGUCAAGUGCCAUGAAGUUGGUUCAUGCAGAGAGGAAUGGAGAGGCUUUUGACUCUCAGCUUGUUAUUGGUGUUAGAGAAUCAUAUGGUAAGGAAAGUGUCAUCUUUAAAUGCACUAACUUAAAGAUUGUUAGUGUUAAUGGCAAAUACAUAAUAAUAGCGUUUAGCGUUGAGCAUUGAGUCAUUGAGGCAGCGAAUUGGUCAGUGGGUCAACUUAGUGAGUCAUUUAGUCUGUCUGUCAGAUUGUAUUAUCAUCAGUAUAUCAGGGAUUAGGGAUCAGGGAGAUUAAAGUGUCUAGCAAAUGGUUUGAAUGUGUCUUUGUUAUUCCUUUCUACCUCACAAUGACUUUGUCAUUCCUUUCUGCAUUAUCAUGAUGUAGUCAGUGAGUCAGACAGUGAGUCAGACAGUGAGUCUAUUAUUGAGUCUUUGAGUUAGUUGUAAAUAAGCCAGUGAGCCAGCAAGUUGGAUAGCCAGUGAGUAAGUCGGCCAGGUUUGUUGUAUCAAUUAAUUUUUAAAUUUUAUUUUCAGUGAUAUUAUGGGAUAAAUACUCAACUGUUACAUUCAUUUCUUGCAAAUUCAUGUCUUUGCAGUUAAUCUUAGUUCAGAAAUUUUGGACAAGCUGAAAAUAUACAGAGAGAAUUUCGAGAAGGCAUACUCUGAGGCCACAGAGGAAUUUUACAAAACUCAAGCAGCUGUAUAUCUUCAGGAAAAUGGAGUACAAAAUUACAUGAAAUAUGUAAGGAUUUGUUAAAUUAACAGCUAAUGAUGCCUCUAACUUUUCUGAUUCUCUAGGGUCCUCUGGUGUUCUAUUAAAGUGUUUACACUGCAGUAGUUAUACAUUUAAAUUUGCAAAUGACCCUACAGUUGUCAUCUUGAAUAAAUGUUAUUACCUCAUGCAUGAUUGGUAAUGGAUGUCUCACAAGAACUGGUACCUUUCCUGAGAGAGAGAAAAAACUUGACUGUGCUAAGGAAAAUGGAAUGCAGCCUCCAAGUAUACUCUUGAUUUGAGGUGCAACCCUUUUGCAGAAGUUAUCGUAAUGUUUCUGCUACACUUAUCUUGAGGUUUGUGCCUUUUAGGAGUUUGAGGAAGUGAUAACAUAAUACAUUGUACAUGCCAAUAAGGACCUACAUGUACACAAGGGGAGUACUUGUAGCAAUUUCUCUUCCUUCUGUGGGAAACAAAGUUUGCCUGACAGCCGUACAGCUAUUGAUCACACUGUAAUUUUAUCAAAUGUUUUUUCCUUCAUGGAAUAACAAAGGCUGAAAUGAAGUUGAAAGAAGAAGAGCAGAGAGCUGUGCGAUACCUUGAAACAAGGAAGGGCUGUGACUCAGUUGCAGUGGUAAGUAGAAUACUGCCAAAAGCUAACAUUCCAAACGGCCAGGUAUUAGAGAGAAAUAUGUUUUUUGUCUCGUCACAAGCAUGGGACAAAGAAAAAGUUUUGAGUCCCCAUCAGGAAUCAAACCACAGACCUUCUGAUUCUGCACUCCAAUGCUCUACCACUGAGCCUCAGAGAGAUAUCUCCUAUUCUAUGUGCAAUCAUAAAGGUAUUGACAUUGCUGAUCCUACAUGUAGCAGUAUGCAGGAUGUGUGUCAUAUAUGAACUUUGUAAUGGGCCUCAUGCACUCACCUUAGAGUCUCUGUAACUCAGUGGUAGAGUAUUGGAACAUGGAAUCCAAAUGUCUGAGGUACAAUUCCUCAUGGGGACUCAAAAUCUUUUGUUUGUCCCGUGCUCAUGUCCAGACAAAAAAAAACAUCUUUCUCUCUUUCUUUACCAAGCUCAAAACUUGCCAUCCCUCUUAUUCUUGCUAGGUAUUAGUUUACAGAUUUCAUAUUUAGUCUUGCAUUUGCUUUAUUCAUCACUUUCUUUAACUUUUUUUGCAUCUGUUUCCUAUUGUCAUUGAUGGAAAGAUUUACUUUUUUAUGUCAGGAACUUGAUAACAUGUAGAAGUAACUUAACUGUAUGUGACAUUUAUUGCUUUAUAGCUUACAGAGCGAUGUGUUUGUGUUCUGGUUGCAAAUUUUAAGGAGACUAUUUUGGCUGAGUGCCCUGGAAUGAUUGCUGCAAAUGAAACAGAGAGUAAGGGGUGAAUUUGUGAUUGUUGUUGUAGAUUUAUAACUUUGCGACGUCAUGCGUCAAAUAUUUUAUAUUUGUGGAAAAGUGCCCAAUGGCAGAUGAUAAAAGUUCACAAGAAGUGUAGAAUUGAUGAUAUUUUGAUUAAAGAAAAUCCUUUUUUUUUUGACAGAACUACUUCUAAUGUUCCAGUUGAUGGAUCGUGUACGAAAUGGAGUAGAUCCUAUGAUAGCCAAUUUAGAGUCUUACAUCGUCACUACAGGUCUUGAUGAUAUGAAAGCCUGCGCUGACACUAUAACAUCUGUAAGGGAGUGCAUACUGUAUUUAAUUUGAUUGAGCCUCCAACCUCGAAUAACACCCCCCCCCCAACCAGUAUUGGAAAUUCUCAACUGGCUUGCAUCUCUAAAUUCACUGUCAGACACAUCUUCAUGUUUUGUUAUUAUUUAUUGUUUUGUUGCAAGAUAAACUUGGUACUUGCUGAAAAUGAUGCAAAUUUAAUAAACAACACCUUGAAUGAGCACUCUGUCCCAAGGUUAAAAAUUUGAGAAGGGUCCAUGGUGCUUAUUCAAAUAAAUAUGGUACCAUUUAUAUAUAAAAUUGCAUGCAUGUGCUGUUCUAUUGGUGGAGACACCAGAUAUUAUUUUUCUGAUUCUUUGCACCUAAAGAACCCUAGGGAUAGAUUUGGAGGUGAAACUAAUGGAAGAGGUUAUCAAAACAUGAAAAUGGACCAGAGAACUGAGACAGUUGCUUGGUGUUGCUGGCUUGAAUCCUGUUUCAUGCAAACAGAUCUAAAUUGUAAAAUACAACAUUUUGUCAAGAAGGUUUUUCUGUUCGCACUAAUACUGUUGUUCUUCAAUACUCUUGAAAGUUAACAGUGUUGGAAAUUUUUCCAUGGAUAGUAUUCUGGUUACUAACCUCCUAACUUUUGAAAGGAAGUUGUCUUUUAUGUUGUUCAUAAGAUGUGAAGAUUGUAGCAUUCUUCAGCAUCCACUUAGAAGUCUCUGCCUCAUUAUUAAUGGUCUGGGUAAAUUUUUUCAUUCAGAGGAGCGGAAUAUUGUCCUGUAACUAAACACGUAUUCUGGCUUUUAAAUUUUGGGAUGAAACCUUGUUCUUCUUGCAUUUUGCAAGCCCGUUGAAUUCCCAAAACUAAUCCGUUAAAGAGCGUUGAUCCCCUAUGGUUUUCAUUUUAUAUAGAUUAUGUUUUUGUUUACAGGAUUCUGAGAAAUAUGUGGAGGAGCUGCUCACAUUGUUCAACAGAUUCAGUAAACUGGUUAAAGAAGCUUUCAAUGAUGAUCCACGAUUCCUCACAGCGAGAGAUAAGGUUUGUGAAUGGGAAAAACUGUGGCAGCACAAGAAAUCUUUUGGCGUGACCAAAAUUUCUCCAUGGUACAGAGUAGAGAACGCUUGUCUCUCACAGCUGGGGCCUGGGUUUGAUUCUUGCUCAAAGGGUUUUCUCGUCUUCUAAUUUGACUAGGAGACAUUGGAAAAAGGACUAGUUGUUACCCGCACCACCGCUAAAAAUCUGAUCCAAUCCACAUUAAGACAGAGUACUUAACAUUUCCAUAGCAAAAUAACUUAGUAGGAAAGAACAUUUCACUGUGAUGGCCAAACUCCAGAGAAAUCAAAAUUCAUUUUUACCGAUCGUGAAGCGUUAAAUUAAAUUUUCAUAUUUUGUUAAUUUAUUGCAAAUAUUAGGCCUUUAAAACGGUUGUGAAUGACAGUACAAUUUUCAAGUUGGAACUCCCCAACAAGAACAAAGGGUAAGAUUGCCUGUUGUAAUUUAUCUAUUGUUUGCUCCCCGUUUUACUUUUGGAUACUUCGGCGAGAGAAAAGCUAUAAAUGGCUCUCUAUCAUUAAUCUUACGACCACAGCUUUUUGGAAGGUAACAAAAGAAGGGGGAGGGGGGGUCUAAUCUCGUUCCAGGCACGAAUUUUCAGGAUAUUCCUGCAUCACGUAUUUAAAAGAAAAACCUUAAAUAUUUUUUCUUGUGUAUAAGAUUUCAGGGAAAUCUUGAGGUUUUCACGGGUUACAUAUAUUCUAUGGGGCAAAUCUCGCCUCAAGUAGGUUCAUAAAUUGACGAGUGACGCUCUCCUUUCUGUAAAAGUCAAGUGUCACUUUGGGCUUAAUCACGUGUCACGUAUUAAACCCUUUGCUACCCUCUCUUUGUUAAGGUUGCACUUCGUUCUCUUCUUAUUCUUAUUUCUUACCAGGGGUGGAAGUGGUGGUUUGAAUGUCAAGACACAGCCCGAGUCUCGAUGUCCAGAAUUGCUGGCCAAUUUCUGCGAUAUGCUGCUUAGGAAAACGCCCUACAGCAAAAAGCUAACGUCCGAUGAAAUCCAAGCAAAGCUGAAAGAUGUUGUAAGUUCUCCGUGAUUUUUGUACGUGUGGUGAUGUACAUAAAACGGUGACUUAAGGGUUAGCGCGCUGAACGGAUUAAAAAUCAGAUAUAGGAAUCUUUUUCUCUGUGAGAAAACAGAAACAGGGCGAGAAGCGGAGAAUUGUAAACACGUUUUCUCGUUCAGUGCGAAGAUAGUAAGUUCUGUUCUUAUCAUGUACUAUUUCCUUUCCAGCUGUUGGUUCUUAAGUACGUCAUCAACAAAGAUGUUUUCAUGAGGUAUGGGAGGAGUUCCAAUGCGCCUAUUUAUUACUUUUAAAAUGUGUUUUGAUGUACAUGCAUUGUUUCAAGAUAUUACGCAUCUUUAAAUCUUGAGCCCAAAGCCGUCAAAUUCUCGUUAUUCUGCUUUAUCUUUGACUGGAUGACGCACUGGUAAGAGCAUCUUUCUCCCUCCCUCUUAUGUGGCCUGGUAUCGAGUACCACAUCCUCUUCCGCGCAUAGACUGGGUUUUUUGUCGGUUAUCGCCCUUGUUCUGCUGAAACGCAAUAAACUCGCUCGUGAGAGAGAAAACAUGCGAGGCCCGGGGUAUCCUUGUAUGUUACUUCUCGUACGCUCGUGACGGUCUGAGUCACCCGCGCGUGGGCCGGAAAAUCGAGCGUUUUCUGUGUAGACUUGCUGAAAGGGUUUUCUCCUGGCUUUCUAUGUUUUCAUACUCUCCAAAUCUACAUUUGAAAUGUGCCAUUGCUGAUUUAUAAUUAAUCUAUGUAUUGUAUUUGCUUUCAAGGUACCACAAAGCACACUUGACUCGGCGAUUGAUCCUGGAUACAUCAGCAGACAGUGAAAUGGAAGAAAACAUGGUGGAGUGGCUCAGAGUAAGUCGAGCUUUGUAGCUCAUGUGGCAGCACAAGUGGAAGGUUGCUCGCAGACUACAAGAACUUUGUGCCUAAGUUCCUUAGUGUUCGAAUGCUCUAAAUUAAAACAUAACUGUGCAAAAGCGCGCGCUCUGAUUAGCCAACAUGCUUGAACCAUUUGCUUGUGCAUUGCUUGCUGACGUUAUUUUGUUUUCAUUUUUUUUUUUCUACACUAAACGAAAGAUUCUGAAAGUCUCAAUGUUAUGAAAUAAAUGGUUCGCGUGUAGCGUGCAACCCUCGAGGUCUAGAUGUACUUGGAAGGUUUGCUAAGCACUCAACAAGCUGGAGUCGCACUCGGCUAUCACCUCGUGCGACUCUAAGCUUCUUUCGUGCUUAGCAACCUCUCAAGUGCAUCCAAACUAUCUCUAAAUUGUAGCUUACGUCUAAGAAUCAGGUCUUGCAUGAUUUACAUCAUACAUAAUUCGUGAGUGCUGGAAUAUUUUGAGUAACUAGAUUUCGAUCUCAGGCAGUGUCGUUAGUUAACAGGCGUUGAUAACUUUCUGUUCCAACAGGAUGUAGGAAUGCCUGCCGACUAUAUAAACAAACUAGCCCGUAUGUUCCAGGACAUAAAAGUCAGCAAUGAUCUAAACCAGGGCUUCAAGAAAGAAUACCAAGACAAGGGCGAUAUUGCAGGUAAAUUGCUGUUUGUCAUCAAAUGCUUUUUACCUCUGAGUCAAGCGUAUAAACUGUGAGCACACCAUGUAGCAUAUACCAGAGUAUUUUAUAAAAUAAUUCAAAUAGUACGCGCGCUCUGAUUGGUCAUAAAACUAUUUUACAUGAGCGUAUGUAAACACGGUUUUCGUUCCUCUUUCAUUAGUUAUUACUCGAUAAGCUGGAAACCACUCCGCUUCGCGUCGUGGUUUCCUACGCUUAUCUCGUGUUCUCCCAACCUCCCAUAUGUUUACAUCAGGCUAUGUAAACACAGAAAGCAUUUUACAUUUCUUCAAAAAUGGCAGCGCUCUCAGCUGUGACUGAUGUGGUCGCCAUGGCGGGUAGCAAAAUAUUUUGGCGACCUUUGUCUUCUUCACUAAUGAUUUAUCAGAGAGAGUGUAUUUUUACAAAUCCGUUACAACACAUCGAAGGGACCGAUAUUCGCAGGAGAUUGUAACCUUCCGCAUCACUUAAUCGCUGAUAUGAAUACUAGACUAGAGCUUGGUGACGAAGUAGCGUGUCACAGAAGGAAUUUGUACUCUUGAAAAUUUGAUGGGUGGUGAUCGUCCUUUGGUAAUUUCAUUCUUCUUAUUUCUUAUCUUUCAGACUCGGUUAACAUUAAGAUUCUGAAUGCGGGUGCUUGGUCAAGAGCUUCAGAGAGAAUUCCUGUUUCUCUCCCGACCGACGUAAGUUUUAAAAUUGUUUGACGCUGUUAAUAAUUAAAAUCUUUUGUUGAAAUUUGUGCAGGAAUUAGUAGUAACAGGCAGAAGUUGUCCAUAAUGUUGUUUGCAGACAACAUUGCAUAUGGGGUAUUGUUUUUCAUGGUACACUUGAACACGUUUGACGUAUUUGAUACUGUUUUUUCAGCUUGAAGACUAUAUUCCGGAAGUGGAAGAGUUUUAUAGGAGGAACCAUAGUGGUCGCAAAUUACAAUGGCAUCAUUUAAUGUCUAACGGAGUUGUAAGUGAAUUUUUCUUUUGAUAACUUUUCCUGAAUGUUUCGUAUCCUUUCUUCGAGCUAUAUUUUGUUUAGCCUGCGUGUAGCCGUACCCUCCCCCGCCGCGGUUUAAAGACAAGAAAUCGAAAAGUUUGCUGCUAUCCGGCGUUAGGAAAGGAUUUGGCGAAAGCAGAAAGUAGUUUCAAGUUUAAGACUAUCUGUUUUAAAGUACGUCCAGUGUAUAUCUGCUUUUUUUUUUUUCCUACUUUUUUGAAGACGAGGAAGAGACUAACGAAAUUACUAAGAGUGAAAGAUUUACGGAAAGGUUGAAAACCUAACUGUUUUUGAAGCGGUGCGUUUCUGUUUAUAUAAAUCAGCUUUCAAGUUGCUCAAGUAAUUCUUUGUUCUAUUCUUCAGAUAACUUUCGCCAACAAAAUAGGAAAAUUCGACCUGGAAGUAACGACUUUUCAAAUGGCUGUUCUCUUCGCUUGGAAUGAACGACCACAAGAGAAGAUUUCCUUCGAGAACUUAAGGUCAUUGCUCUUAGUGUAAGAUCCAAUAGCUUGACCCUGCACUCCCUAACAUCAGUACGAAUAUUCUCCAUACUGUUCUCUAUACAUUUCCCAUGGUGCUAAUAAGGAGAAUCUGUUAAACAAUCAAGAGCUGCUUCAGUCAGUUGGUGUCGGGUGAUCAUUUCCUUUUUUUCUCGUGACCUUAAUGUUUGAUUCAGGGGAGAUAUUGUAAGGAGAAAUUAGAUGCUAGUCACUCUUAGGGAUAAGAGGGUUAAUGGUCAAAGCGCUUUUAGCGGAUCUUGAUAUUCGCCUUCAAGCUGUGGUCGAGCUUGUUACGUUGUGCUUUACGAAGAAGAAGCACUCUGUGACCAUUCUACCCUACUUAAGUAUAUGGUUACAGACAAAGCAUAAGAAAAUCCUGACAAAUUUCACAAAAUAACACACUGAAAUUCUUUGUGGAAUGUCUCAGAAAAAUAUGCCUUUUAGUAAGUUUGCACGCUAUUUAUCUGCAAUACCUAAAGACUUUGAUCUUGAAUCUCGUGUGUUACGAUCACUUUUCAAUUUUGCAUCCCUGCUCCGGUAAACGUGGUACUUUAGUUCUCUCUAACUUAUUGGGUUUCUGUCAUUAAUUUUAAAGGCUCGCUUCUGAACUUCCAGAUUCAGAACUCCGCCGAACGCUUUGGGUAAGUCAAAUUUUUUCUUUUAUUUUUUAAAACGGUCCUCUGAAAAGUUGUAUUACAGGUCAUUAAAUUUGAUCUUUUGUUCCUCUUUUUGUUUUUGCUUCCUUGCUCGUUUGUUUUUUCUCUUUUAUGGGGUAUAAAUUUGAGUAACGCUGAAAAAUGUGCCGUAUAUUCACGUUAUUUCGAAACUCAUUUGAACCACCAAGAAGAGCUCGAAGUACUGUGGGAACCUGAGGAAUGUGUUGUUCAUAUUUUUAUGACACCACCGGGGAUCGAUUUACUGGCGAGUUGAAAUAUCGAAAGUUGAACAUACCCGGUGCAAACUUACACUGAGAAGUGUUUUAUCACAUGUCCCCGUCUGGAAUCUGGUGUCACGCUUUAAGCUAAACUGUAUGUACCGUAUUCUUGAGAAAUUUUUAUCGUUGAUGAAACUGUUGGUUUCUUUCAGUCACUAGUUGCUUUCGCCAAGCUCAAGAGACAAAUUCUCUUAUGUCAACCGGAAGCCAAGUCACCAAAGGAUUUUACAGACAGUUCGUUAUUCUGGGUCAAUCAGGAAUUCGCAGUAAUGUAAGUUGAAAAGUUAAAGAUUCUGACGUGAUUUCACGUCAAAUGUUUGCUUGAGAUGAAAGCAGAAGGCUAGCGUGUUCCAGACGUUCAGUAAGGAAAACGAUGCUAAAUAAUUAACAGCACGAUAGUGGUGGACCAGUGAAAAGUCGAGGAAGGUUUGGGUCGGGUCAUUACGCCACACGACCCAUACCUCCCUCGUCAUCACUCAUCAUCGGCGUGAAGCGCAGUGUGCGCCGGAAAAUGCACGUUGCCAAGUUGUGAUUGUUUCAAUUUUUUUUAUUUUUGCUGAUUGGUUAAGAAAAUGAUGCCAGUUAUUUAAUUCUUUCUCAGCAAUCAAUGCUCCUUAAACAAAACCAAAGCCUUAAGAAUAGGAGUGAUGUUCAACUAAGUAACAAUUGCUGAUUCAUUUUUUUUUCUUUUAGAAAAAAUAGCAAAGUCCAGAAAAGAGGUAAAGUGAAUCUCAUAGGCCGCUUACAGCUUUCGACAGAGAAGGCAAAGCAAGAGGAGAAUGAUGGAAUUGUGGCUCUAAGAAUUCUGAGAAUACAGGUAAGUAUAGUUAGGCUAUAUUCGACAGUGUAAGUAUGUGGUAAUGUGGACAUAAAAGUGUUUGGUUAAACUGUGUAGUGUUUUUUAUGGCUGAGAUCACGGUUCAGCUACACGUGGCAUAGUUAGGCUAUAUUCGACGGUGUAAGUAUGUGGUAAUGUGGACAUAAAAGUGUUCGGUUAAACUGUGUAGUGUUUUUUAUGGCUGAGAUCACGGUUCAGCUACACGUGGCUGGUGUGGAUAUUCACAUAAAAUGUGUUUGUGUACAUAAAAGUGUUUGGUUAAACUGUGUAGUGUUUUUUAUGGCUGAGAUCACGGUUCAACACGUGUGUUCGGUUAAACUGUGUAGUGUUUUUUAUGGCUGAGAUCACGGUUCAGCUACGCGUGGCUUAAUAGAGCGAGGGGUAUGUGUGUGUGUGUGUGUGAAUAAUAGAAAUAUACGAGCGAACAAAUGAUCAGAUAAACGAAGAAACAGUAUGAAAGGGAGAUAUGAGGGAACGAGCGAGGAAACGAGCGAACAGUCUACGGAUGGAAAUGCAGGAAAGGAGGGUGAAAUGCAGAAAGAGGCGAAGGAAGGAAUUGAGAAAUUCACAGUACAUUUUUCGCCUGUUAUCACUCGAAAUAACUUGAGUAUGCAAGGAUUUGUUGUGGAUAGAUUGAUGCAAUCCUCCUACCGAAAGACUCUUGAAUUUUGAGUUUCUCUGUUUUGUUUUUUGAAUUUCUUCUUUGUUUCCGUUUUGUAGGAAGCGAUUGUGAAGAUAAUGAAGAUGAGAAAGAGAAUAACGAACGCCGCUCUUCAGACAGAAUUGGUAGAAAUUCUUAAGAAUAUGUUCAUCCCCCAGAAGAAGAUGAUAAAGGAACAAAUCGAGUGGCUAAUAGACCACAAGUAUCUCCGACGAGAUGAGGAGGACAUUAACACUUUCUUAUACGUGGUAUAACCACGGGACGAGAAAACGUUUUCAACUUUUUCAAACUGCCCAGCUUCAAGUCCAUCCCGUACUCAAGGCCGCCGUUCCCCUUGACCAGCGGUUGAGCUAAAGACCGUUGGUCAAAAGAAAUACAGGUUUUAAAAUGAGAUUGUUGUUAGGCUGUUCCAAAAUCUUACUUUUGGCCAUUUUUUUUUCUUAAUUUUCUUUCCAAGGAAAACUACAGGAAGAGACCACCGAGGAGAAGCUGAACGUGUUUGUUUUAAUACGAGAAUAAGUGUGGAGCCUUUGAUAGAAGAGUGUUAUUUAAUUUAUUUUCAUGCAGAUAACAUUCAUUAUCGCGAGUUAGAUUUUGCUCUUGGCCGCAUUUUAGAAAUGAAAGGGGAUUGAAACUGGCAAUGGCUUAUUGCCUUUCUACUGUGAAUUAGGAACGAGUGAAAGAAAUUUCCAGAAAAUUCAGCCUUCCAGAACGUCUUGUAAACAUAAGAUCAAAGAGGAAAUUAUCUGAUCUUUCUAUCCUUCUAAGGGGAUCAUUGAUAAAAAAAAUUACGAUAAGUAAACAACAAAUAAACAAACAAACUAAUAAACAGAAAGGGUUGACAAAAAGAAUUUUACUUUCAUUUUCAUGAUUUUCCUGUAAUCAAAAAAGAACUAAAAUAAUUUGUAGUUCAGCAAGGUAAAAACAAACAAACAAAUAAGGAAACAAAAACACAAAAGAGAAAGUAGAAGACCAAUCUGCAAAAACGAAGGCUCAGCUUCUAAGAGUGCGAGAUAUCUUCGCAAAGUUUGUGAAAAUAAAAUGACAUUUCUGACAGUGUUAUUGUUUUUGUGUUUUUUUUUUCUUCACCAGUCGAGG